GAGAAACAGAACAAGUGCAGAGGAGAGAGAGAGAAAGAAGGAAGCCAUUUUGGUUCCAGCCUAUCUGAAGUUUAACUUUCUUCUCUUUUGGGUUUCUUCCACCCUGAUCCUCCUUCACAGACUCUCAGAUAGUGGAAGUUGAGAAACGAGGCUCGUCCUGUCAGUCGGAGAGCGUCGAAGAGAAGCCGCUGCAGCCUGAAGGACGGACGUGGUGGACGUCCAGCUGAAGGACAGAAGACGACGGGACAUAAAAGAUAAAACUCAGAGAGGCUGAGAGGGAGACAAACACCCAGCUGAGUGUCUCUGUCUGAUGGUGGCGUCGUCCUGUGAGAGCAGAAAGUCUUCGGCAGGACAUCAGCUGGACGUGGUGGUCGUGUCUCUGCAGGUUCGGCGGGGGGAGGUGAGGAGGACGCAGGAUGAGCUCUGACCGAGUGCCGUCCCGGGCGGAGGUGAUGGGGUGGAGCCCUCAGCAGCUGGCAGACUACCUGAAGAGGAUGAGUCUCUCCGGAUGUGAUAAAGCUGUGCUCAAAAACGGCAUCAAUGGAGCCAGAUUUGUGAAUCUGAGCGAUAACGACCUGCAGAAGUUCCCCAAACUUCACGCUCCGAUGAUUUCUAAACUCAGGAGUGAGAUCAGUAAGAAGGAGGAGAAGAGAGGCCUGUUCGGUAAAGUAAGACCAACUCCUAAAUAUCAUGAACCAGAAACAACCGUGGAGGUUCAGGGUUGGGACGACGACGAGUUUGAUGAUGAAGAGUUUGAUGAUGACUAUGAGAGUCCGUACAGCGGCGAUGAGGACGGCAGCGGCGGCGACUACGAGUCACCCGAAGAGGACAUGGACGGGAACGACUACGAGCCUCCUCCCUCCGAACCGCUGGAGGACCCGUCCACCAAGCUGUGUCCCACCAUGCCCAUCGGAGACAGCGACUACAUCGAUAAAAUCCAGCCGUCCAGAGGCCCGCCCCCUGCAGUUUGUCCCCGCCCCCCGGUCUCCACUCUGUCAGCUCCGUCGCCUCGCAUGCCUGGAGACUCCAGAAGAGACCACUCUCCUCACGUAGGGGCUCGACCGCCAGGAAAGCUUCCUCCAGGACCGCCGCAGAUCUUCAGAGGAAACAAACCGGGCCGAGAUGCUGGAUCCAACGCGUCUCCCGUCAGAGGACCGAACCGGAACACAGUGGAAAAGUCAUGGCCCAAACUUCCUGUUCCUCCUCCAACCUCCACCUCCGUCGGCAGGAGCAACUCCUCCAGCAGACCUCCACCCAACAGGGACAGACGAGAGCAUUCACACGAUGACGCACCCAAACACAACACCUUCCCUCUGCAAAACAAGGGUCUGCCCCCCCGCCCAGGACUGCCGUCACGCCUCGGAGACAGUUUGCCUCCCUCGGUUCCCUCUUCAGACUCUCUGCCUCACAAACUGCAGUCUGCGUUAGCUGAUCACAGAAGCAGUGUGACUCGAUCAGACAGGUCGCCGUUUCGGUCUCCUCAACCUGCAGCAGCACAGGAUCUGGACCCUUACUGGUAUGUUGGCAGAGUGACCAGAGGACAGGCUGAAGGAUGUCUGAAACGAGUCAACAAGGACGGGGCGUACCUGGUGAGGGACAGCACUCGGCAGCAGCCCAACCAGCCGUACACUCUGAUGGUUUUCUACCAGGACAAAGUCUACAACAUCCAGAUCCGACAGCAGCACCACAAGUUCCUGUUAGGAACCGGACUCAAAGUGCAGGAGUCCUUCCCAUCUGUGGGUGAGAUCAUCGGCCAUUACUCCCAGUCUCCUCUGCUCCUCAUCGACGCCAAGAACCGCACCGCCAGUCAACAGAACCAGUGUCUGCUGUCCGACCCGGCCGGGUAUCACAUGACCGGACACCACUGAUCUCACCGGGCCAGACCGGGUCACACCGGGCCAGACCAGGUCAGACUGGGUCAGACCGGGCCAGACCGGGUCACACCGGGUCACACCGGGCCAGACCAGUUUAAACCAGUUUAAACCGGAUCACAGAGUAAACCAGAGAGGAACCAGAUGCAUAAAAGCUGACAGACAGAAACACGCAGCCGCUGGGUGUAAACGUAGAUCCAAGCAGACGCUGGUCAUCUAAUCUGGUAUCAUUUCAUUUUUCAUUUUUAAUAAAGGUCAGUUAGUUAUCCUGCAUCCUGAGGUUUAUGUUUUAUCACAGACGUAUCGUGUUUGCUGUGAUUCACAUUCAGAAUAAAGAGAACAGAAUAAAAAGCUUUAUUAUAUUUAACAUAUAAUCAGAUUACAGGUGUUACUCCAUUUGCACUUUAACCCUUCAACAG